UGGUGAACACAGCAAAAGUUGUGUGGAACUAGGCACGAUGACGCUAGAGAAUGUCUUUCAAGACAUUGGUGGAUUUAGCCUGUUUCAAAUUAUUAUGAUAGCGUUUGUCUACGGUAUCAAGAGCUUGUGCGCAUGGAGCAUGUUGAUGGUAAGUUUUGCUGGGGUUAUCCCUCCCUACUACUGCACCACCACCAACGACAACACCACAACACGGGCAGCCAAUCAAUCCGGACAUGACGUCAUGAACGUCUGUGACGUCAAUGGCACCUCGUGUACAGACUUCCUGUUCCAGAGCUCACCCAGGACGAUUAUAUCUGAGUGGAGUUUGGUGUGCAGCCUGAAAUGGGUGAAAUCUUUGAUCGUGUCCAUUCAAAUGGCCGGCGUCCUUGUGGGUGCGGCAGUGGCCGGACAGACAGGGGACACGUACGGUCGCAAGAACACCAUCUACGGGUUCUUUCUGCUGCAGAUGGCACUAAGUUUGACGUCAGCGUUUUCUGUCACCUGGGAAAUGUUUUGCGCGCUUAGAUUUUUUAUCGGCGUGUCCAUAGGGGCAGUACUGGUGACUUCUGUCCCCUUCUGUGGCGAGUUCUUUCCCCCUAAGUGGCGGGUCAUGGUUGUGUUCCCGGUCUGGGCAAUAGGUGGAGGCACCUUCGCAUUGGCUGCGUGGAUACUGAAGGACUGGGAACAUCUGCACAUAGCUACAGCAGCAGUCUCUGUACCGAGCAUGCUGGGAUACUUCUAUUUCCCAGAGAGUGUGAGGUGGCUUGCUGUCAAAGGAAGACUAGAUGAAGCGCACGUCGCUCUAGAGAAAAUGGCGAGAAUGAACAGGAAGACGGUACCUGGGUACGCUAAGGAUGUCUUACAGAAAAUAUACAACGAUGAAAUUGUAUCCAAAUCAAAGGGAAGUAACUACUCCUAUAUUGAUGUUUUUAGAACGUGGAAGUUAGCAAAGACAACGUGCAUCCUUUCAUUUCAAUGGGUUACGAUGACUAUUACUUUUUACGGUUUGAGUUUUGCAGCACCCAGCCUAGCCGGUAACAUGUACCUCAACAUUUUUAUCAUGAACACGAUAGAGGUACCGAGUAAUAUAGCUACGAUAUUUCUAAGUAACAGGUUUGGUCGAGGUAAUUGCUGCAGGGUAUUUUUGGCGAUCGCCUGUCUAGCGAGUAUGGGCUGUCUAGUGGCUCGUACAUGGGCGCCCGUCCAUCAGGCCCCGCUAAUUAUGACAGGUCUAAGUCUUGUGGCCAAGCUUGGUGUAUCUGGGUGCUGGGGGACCUCCCAGGUGUGGAUAGGUGAGAUCUACCCCACGGUCAUAAGAUCCCUGGGAUAUGGAGUGAUGAACACUUUCGCCAGAGUUGGUGGAAUAUUAUCACCGUACGCUGUCAAUCUUGAUGACCGUCCCGUCUUGUCGUACAUCAUCAUGGGGUCAAUGUCCGGACUGUCUUUACUGCUGCUGAUGUUUGUAGAAGAGACCAAAGAUCGUCCUCUGCAGGAGAGCCUUUAUCAAGUGGACGUCAAGACAGACGCACAGAGUACCGGUACCAACAAGAAAUCGCCUGAUCAAAUACCUGUGAACGAAUAUGAUAAGACAGAUCUGCAAGUUGAAAAUAAAACAGGAACUCAAAACAUAGAGGUUCUAACCGCUACAAUUUUAAAUAACCAACAUGGAAAUUUUUGUCAAGAAAAAAGUCGAUCUGUAUACCAAAAUGGAAGGUCAGUUUCGUUUUUAGAAAACACGGAGAAAAACAACAAUAAUGAUGCCGAAUACGAUGACAUAGUUCUGAGUCAAGAGACUGUAAUGCGUAAUGAUGAAAGUGAUGAAGCUCGGGGUAAUGAAGAGCAAAACACUUGCAGAUUAAAUCAGGCAGAAGUAAAUGAAGAAAUAUUUAUUAUAUCUACAAAGAUGUAGAAAUAUCGAAAAUUUGCCUGAUUAAGUUUAAUGCAAACUUUACAAGAAUUUACUUUUGAGAAGAGUUAAUGAAUACAUUAAAAAGCAUAAGUACGAGUAAAUAUUAUAUUGGUCAUAUUCCGCAUUAAAAUGCCUAUAUUAACAAUGCCUUGAAACAUAUCAUUUACUAAUAGCCAUUAAUUCAAAACAAAGAUAUCACUAGGCUUACUCAGAAUAGAAAAACGUAUUAGUCUAUUUACACCUCACUACCCAGAUGCUACUGGGUUAGUAGAAGAAGAGUUUGUCUGUCUUAGUCAACUACAAUUGGCGUUCUAGGCAAGACGACACGAACAAUGAUAGAUCAAUGUGGCAACCUCACUAUAUUCAAUGUUUUUUUUAACUCUUAACAAAUCCAUCUUCAUAUAAAAAAAAAUAAUAAAAGAAAACCGAUAACAGUUUAAUGUCUUGUGACUAUUGCUUACUAAAAUAGUGAUUAAAUUGAGAAGAAAAAAAAAAUUUAAAUGUUUUUUUUUUUAUGAUGGUUGGAUCAACCAUGUUACGGUGCAAGGUCUACAACUCUCACCCUAUUAUAGUCGUUCACUAAAUUGAAUCAGGCGUGUCAAUGGCAGGGUGUGACUUGCUCAGGGCUAUCCUCGGACUUUCUUCUAACUGUACUAAUACUGUACUAAUACUAGAAAGCAGAUGUUUCUA